CGCAGCGCCGUGUCUCUGGCCGGUGGGAGCGGGGUCUCUCCCUGGCUCUCGGCAUGUCUGGGGCAGAGGCGCUGGGCCCCCGGGGACCCGAAGGCACUGGGGCAUGCACGGGGGACGUCCCCUCCCUUAAAGAAAUCGAGCAGCUCCUGAACACCGGGCGGCCCUCUUGCAACCACGUUGAUGAAGUAUGGCCUAAUCUCUUCUUAGGAGACCUAGUAACAGCUCACAACAGAUUUGUUUUGUGGAAGAUGGGUGUGACCCAUGUUUUAAACGCUGCCCACGGCACAGCAUAUAGCCACGGAGGCCAGGACUUUUACGGAGCAACCAUUGAUUACUAUGGUGUACCAGCCCAUGACCUCCCAAGCUUUGAUAUAAGCCAGUUCUUUUUCUCUGCGGCACAAUUUAUCCACAACGCCUUGAACACGCCAGGAGCUAAAAUUUUGGUACAUUGUGCAGUUGGAGUAAGCAGGUCAGCUUCCCUAGUCCUAGCAUAUCUCAUGAUAAAUCACCACCUCCCAUUGGUUGAAGCCAUCAAAACAGUGAAGGAACAUCGAUGGAUUUCACCCAAUCGCGGCUUUCUGAAACACCUGCAAAAUUUGGAUGUUCAGCUACGGCAAAAGAAGGACUGCUGAAAGGGCAAACCCAUUUACGUUCACUUCUCUGAGUUUCAGCCUUCAUAGCCACUGUGCAUAUACACCUUCCUAUGAUCAAUGCAUGUUGAACAAAUGAAGAAAAUUAUGCAUCAAAGAAAAAAGUCAACAGGACUGUAAAUGGAUUAGUUCUGAUAGCUCUGUUCCUCCAAGACCAGCACAGCCAACAUCAGCACCCUAAGAACUGCGUGCUGCAGAGCUGCUGUGCCUAGCGUGCUGCUACCAGAUGACUCCACUGGAGUGGUUAAGGUGGACCGAGUUUGCUCCUGGUUUGUGCUAAUGCCGGAGGCAAGUUCAGUAAUUGCAUCUAGCUGUACAGUAUGCUUGAGUCCCCUUUACUUGGGAGUGUAACAUAACCAGCUUCCUCGGUUUGGUUGCAGUUCUCGUGUGCGUGUUCUCAUAAGAAAAGCUUUUUGUGUUUCAGGCCUGGUGAUGUGGCGAGGGCAAUUUCUUAGGAGACCAGGCUCUGCUGCAGAAACAUUCAUCUUUCCCUGGUCUGCUGAAUAUUGCGGUGUUACAGAAAGCUGUGACAGCCUGAAGACCCACACCAGCAGAAUAAACUUCUGUGCAGCUCCCUCUGCAGUCUCGGGGUCAGCAAACCCACAAACCUUUCCUUGUGUAAAUAUGUUUUCAGCAAGAUAAUGUAUAUUAUGUCGUAUAUUGAGGACAUUAAAAAAAACGAUGUCAGGUCUUCAAAGCAUUUUUUAAGCUUGAACUCCUCAGUUCACUCUCCCUCCAAAUUAUCCCAAAUCAGUUCUGUGUAAGUGGCUUUGAAUCAUCCCUGGUUUAACAUCAGGUAGGAACUUACUUAGCUUACAUCAAUGGCUAGGCUUAAUUGAUACAAAUUAGUUUUAAGCUGUUUUGAGGAUGUCACUUUUCCUAUCGCCUGUUAAUUGGUACUUAAACCAAUGUGAUUUUUAAUACAGCAACAGCAUUUGAAAUUCAUGCUACCACUCUGCCUGAAAAUUAGCUUGUUACCUUGUGGUGAACCAUGAAGCGAUAAUCAAAUCUGUUUUUGCCCUGUGCUACCGGUUUGAUUUAUUGAUUAGCUGACCUUAUAAACAUUCCCUGCCAGAUGAAUUAAAUACACUUCUGCUUGUUUGUUU